UGUAAUAUAUUCGUCAAAGAAGGUUAAGGUUAUUCUCCUCUAUUCUGAUCCAAUUUCUGUAAUAUCAUCCAUGGCAUUAUCCGAAGAAACGAUGCCGAAAUGCUCAGAAGACCUGAGUGCUUACGAAUCCGCUUGGGAAGACCACCCAGAGCUCAAAUCCUUAUAUUAUUCGCUUGAGCAGCCAACCAUCACAGUGAUAAACUCCCUUACUGCUGGAGCCGAAACUGGAUUUUUUUCCCAACACGCAGUACGCAUGGAGGUCUCCAAGAACCUAUUUGAAGUUACGCAAGAUUUGAAAAAUUUUACUUAUCAAAGCGACAACUUAGCUCUAAAAAGUAUGGGAAGAGCCUAUUUUAAAAAUAUCCUGACCAUUUUUGAGUUUUUCGAUAAUGUAAUGGAUCGCGUGGAGAAAGCAGAAAUGGGCCAACUUUUCCUCCUAGAGGCCGUGGCUCAGUUUGACAAAGAGUCGGGAGAAAACGAUUUUGGUGGAAAAAGGAAGAGGUAUUUAAACACCUUGAAGGAGCUGAAGUACUUUAAAGCCAUGGGAGAUCCUUUUGAUGGCCUAGUGCUCACGCCUCACUACGAGUUCCACCGGGUCCAGGAUGUUCAGCUGCUCCUUUUGCAAGACUCGCUCCCCAUCGUAUCUGAUUUAGUCCACCAGCUACAAAAAAGGAUCUUGUCUCUUAUGCAAAACGUGAAUGAAGCUAUUAAGGAUGAGGAGGACAUGAAAACUGCCCUCAACUCAAUCAGGGAGAAAGUAACUACAUUAACAGAGACAAUCAAGGAGGUUGGUGAUACUGUGGCUGAUCGUAGCAAACUGAUCCUUGAGGCGAGAUUUAACUUUCUCAAACAGAUCGACGAUUUGUUCAACGCAAGGUUGAAGGCAAAGAUCAACGGUUCUGGAAAAUAGCAUCGCGGUCAAACGUUAUGAAUGUUUGUUAUUCAAGAGUCAACUUCCAUAUUUUCUAUGUUUUAAUAAUUAGUAUGAGGGGUUUACAGCCCAUCGUACCUUUUUACUUUACUUUGUAACGUUGACCAUCCGAGAGGAUUGGUUAAUAUGUACCUCUAUCCCCUAUGUAUUUUAUAAUUAAUCCUUUGAAAUAAAAGUUUGUUGUUUUGUUUUUA